AAGUCACUUAAAUCACCUUUCUUCCCCAUUCUGAUGCUCGGUUUGAACUGCACCAGAUCGUCUUGACCAUGUCUACAUGCCUAAAUGCAUUGACUUGCUGCCAUAUGAUUGGCUGAUUAGAAAUCUACGUUGAAGAGCAGUCGGAGAGGUGUACCUAAUAAGUGGCCGGUGAGUUUAUAUAUAUAUAUAUAUAUAUAUAUAUUUUUUUUUUUUUUUUUUGAUUGAGUGAGUGAGUGACAAAACAACAAAGUAAAUAUUUUGAGUAAAUCUGCUUUGGACAAAAAUGUAGAACUCACAAGGUUUUCAUUUUUCAGUUAAACUGCACAAAUAUCCAGACUCUAAUUUCCAAAAUUGAGUAAAUGAAAAAAAAAAAAAAGAAUGAGAAGGAAAGGAAGGAAAGGCAGAACAAAGGAAAGCAAAGCCAAGAAACAAAGAAGGAUGGACAAGGGAUGAAAGAAAACAAAAGAAACGGCACAAAAAAGGCAUGGAGGUAGGACAUAAGAAAGGAACAACAGAAGGAAAUAGGAAGGAGGCAGAAAGGGAGUAAAGAGAGGAAAAAAGGAUAUAAGAAAGAAAUUACAGAAGGGAGAAAAAAUAAAGAAUGGACACAGGAUGGGAAUGGAAGUAGGAUGCAAAAAAGACAAAAAGUAGGUAAGACACAAGGAGGAAAGAAAGAAAAGCAGGGUGGACAUAAGGAAAAAGUCAGGACAGACACAAGGAAAGAAAGAUGGGAUGACAGGAGGGAGCAGACAACCUAAGAAAGGAAAUUCACAAAGGAGGGGGGGAUAAAACAGCAACUAGACAAUGGACAUAGAAAUCUUUUUCAAUUCUCUUCUUUUUUUUUUUUUCUGUUUGGAAAAUGCUGAAAUCAAAUUCCGGGCUUCUGCGCAGGAACUUUCAUUGCAGUCAUUUUAUUUGGCGUCGAGCGCCAUCUUGUGUCGAAUGGCGGUAAUACAGUAAGUCAGUCUAUCCCAUGUCAGGAAGUUUGGGCUGCUGUGUGUAAACAAAACAGCUAACAUUAGCGCGCUUAAGUAAUGCACUUAGUGGAUUAGGAUGUUGAGACAAGCAUGGCGUUGGUCGGUGUUUAGAAACACUACAGCGGGGACUAUACGCUCUCUGGCUGCGGCCUUUUUGGGAGCUGACUGUCCACUGCGGAGCUCAGGUGGUCCCACAAGAGGUUUCGAAGACAUUCCCAACCCACUGAGCGUUAAGUCACAGCGGUUCCUCCAACCACAGCCGGCCCGCUACCUCAGUCUGUCUGUGUUCAUCAGCAUGGCAUCAGGGGGUGACCAUCCAUCGUCCAAUCAUCACAAGCAUACAAACAGGUUGGCCCAAGAGCGAUCGCCGUAUCUGUUACAGCAUGCUCACAACCCUGUCGACUGGUAUCCAUGGGGACAGGAAGCUUUUGAAAAGGCAAAGAGGGAAGACAAGCCUAUCUUCUUAUCAGUGGGCUAUUCAACAUGCCACUGGUGUCACGUUAUGGAGAGGGAGUGUUUCGAGGAUAAAGAAAUUGGAAAAAUCCUUAGUGACAACUUUGUUUGCAUCAAACUAGACAGAGAAGAGAGACCUGAUGUUGACAAGGUCUACAUGACCUUUGUACAGGCAACAAGUGGAGGUGGAGGAUGGCCAAUGAGUGUGUGGUUAACUCCCAACCUUCAACCUUUUAUCGGAGGCACAUACUUUCCCCCAAGGGACCAAGGAAGAAGACCCGGCUUCAAGACAGUUCUGAUGAGAAUCAUUGAACAGUGGCAAUACAACCGAGCAACGUUAGAGUCCAGUGGGCAGAGGAUCAUCGAUGCUCUAAAGAAAGGGACAACUAUUACUGCAAACCCAGGAGAAAGCCCUCCCUUGGCCCCAGAUGUUGCUAAUCGAUGCUUCCAGCAGUUGGCCCAUUCCUAUGAGGAAGAGUAUGGAGGCUUUAGAGAUGCUCCAAAGUUCCCCUCACCAGUGAAUCUUAUGUUCCUCAUGUGUUAUUGGUCCGCAAAUCGUCGCACCUCAGAGGGGGUUGAGGCGCUGCAGAUGGCCAUGCACACACUCCGAAUGAUGGCGCUGGGAGGCAUCCAUGACCACGUCGCACAGGGUUUUCAUCGUUACUCCACAGACUCCUCCUGGCACGUACCUCACUUUGAGAAGAUGCUUUAUGACCAGGCUCAGCUGGCUGUGGCUUACAUAACUGCUUUUCAGGUAUCAGGUGAGCAGUUGUAUGCAGAUGUGGCUAAGGACAUACUGCUCUAUGUCUCCAGGGACCUAAGUGACAAGUCUGGAGGCUUCUACAGUGCAGAAGAUGCCGACUCGGUCCCAGUAUCAGGGGGGCUAGAAAAGCGAGAGGGGGCCUUCUGUGUCUGGACAGCAUCAGAAGUGAGGGAGCUUUUGCCAGAUGUGGUAGAGGGCGCAGUCGGAGCUGCCACGCUCGCAGACAUCUUUAUGCAUCACUAUGGAGUCAAGGAGCAAGGCAACGUUGCACCUGAACAGGACCCACAUGGGGAGCUGCAGGGGAAGAAUGUGCUGAUUGUCUGUUAUUCAGUUGAGCUAACAGCUGCUCACUUUGGCAUCGCGGUUGAGAAAGUCAAUGAACUCAUGACUUCAGCCAGAGCCAGAAUGGCAGAAGUGAGGAAGAUUCGCCCUCAACCCCACCUGGACACCAAGAUGCUGGCUUCCUGGAAUGGCCUGAUGCUGUCUGCCUUCGCUCGGGUUGGAGCUGUGCUGGGGAAUGAGGCAAUGGUGGAGAGAGCGGUACAAGCAGGCUACUUCCUAAAGGAGCACCUGUGGGACCCUGAUCAACAGAACAUACUCCGAUCUUGUUAUCGCGGAGACCAGAUGGAGGUGCAACAGAUAUCUCCGCCUAUCUGCGGCUUCCUGGAUGACUAUGCUUUCAUCAUUAGUGGCCUGCUGGACCUGUAUGAGGCCACGUUUGAAACGGAGUGGUUGCAGUGGGCCGAGGAGCUGCAGAUCCGGCAGGACGUGCUGUUCUGGGAUGACCAGGGUGGAGGCUACUUUUGCAGUGACCCUAACGACGUCACAGUUCUGCUGCGACUGAAAGAAGAUCAGGAUGGAGCAGAGCCCAGCGCUAACUCCGUCUCGGCCUCCAAUCUUCUGCGUCUGUCCCACUUCACUGGAAGACAAGAGUGGCUCCACAAGUCUCAGCAGCUGCUGGCAGCAUUCUCCGACCGUCUGACCAGGAUUCCCAUAGCUCUACCUGAGAUGGUGCGGGCCCUCAUGGCUCAGCACUACACACUUCGACAGAUUGUGAUUUGUGGCCAGAAGGAUGCUUUGGACACUGCAAGUCUCCAAGCAGCAGUCAAUUCCUGCUUUUUACCAUUUAAGGUUUUGAUGCACACUGAUGGGAAUCCAGAAAGCUUCCUGUGCCAGCAUCUGCCAGUACUGUCCUCCAUGACCCAGCUGGAUGGUUCCGCUACGGCCUACGUAUGCCAGGACUUCACCUGCUCUCUGCCUGUCACAGAACCCCAGGAACUACGACAGCUACUCCUGGACACGACCAAUCCGCUGGAGACUGCCUGACAUCUGAAGAACAGAUUGCAUUCUGCGGAUUUCUGAUGGUUUCUGAAUUUACCCUCAGUGAAUACCAAAGCUUUAGAUAGUUCUGAGCAGCUUUGAUUGGAGUUGGUGCUGUGCCUUGCAGAAUUCCCUUGUAUUUUGCUUCAUUUAUCUUUCAUCAGCUUUUGACCAGCUUCCUUGUCCCUGCUGAAAAAAGCAUCCCCACAGCAUCAUGCUACCAUUACCAUGUUUCAUAGUGGGUACAGAACAGAAGUAAAUGCCAGACUCCUAAUGGAAUACAACUUAAAACCACUGAUGUGAACUGUAUAGAAAUUAAUUUGAGCCAUACUGUUAUCCCAUUGUUCAAGUCUAAAGGUGGAAACAAGUGUGUGUUUUGUGUGGGAGACUGUAAAAACAGUUUUUUGUAGUAAUUUAUGCAAAUUAAUCAUAGCACACAAGCAGCUGUUUGCUGCCAGCCACAUCACUAAUUUAACUGUUGUGAAUUUUAUCUCGAGGCUAAGACAAAAAGAGCACAACAUGCAUUAAAUAAUUUUUUCUAUUGUUUAUUAAAAUAAUGUUUUCUCAUCUGAACUGUGAAAAUGUGGCUUCUGUUUUGCUAAACGUCAUCGCAGUUAUUCAGUAACUAAUGAAAAAAGAUGCUUGAUUCAAGUUUUGAGUUCAGUCUCCUUUCAGAAUAGAUCUUCUCUGUACAUAUUAAAAGAUGAAAGACGAGAAA